CCUCUUUUUCUUCAACCUCUCCCUGCCGCCUCUACAUCUACUAUCUCCAUCGAUUCAUCUCCAUCGAGAUCACGAUUCCGAUGGUGACCGCAGCGAUGACGGACUACGAGCGCUUGCGGCUCGAGAACAUCCGCCGGAACGACGAGAUGAUUUCCUCCCUCCUGAUUCGCAGCAAGGCCUCUGAUCUCGCCACCUCCCUGAAGCGCUCCGCCGCCACCCAGAACAAGCCGAAGAAGGCGGAGAAGAGUGCCAAGAAAAUUCGCGCCCAGGAUCCCGUCCUCGUCCGUCGCUCCCUUCGCCACCGCGGCCUCCCUCCCGAACCGACCCAGCCCAAAUCUGAACCGACCCAGCCCGAAUCUGAAAGCCCCAGCGAUUUCCCGGCCAAGAGGGAGCAGCUACUCAUCGGCGAUGCGUUCGUGGAUAGAUCUGAAUCGUCCGACCGAAAUCUGGUUGGAGCCAUCCUGAGCGCGUCCGAGCGAGCAAGUUUGGAUCUUGCAAAAGAAAAGGAGGUGGGAGGACUGUUUGAUCCGAAGAGGGAUUUGAUGCUGAGGGAGGAGAAUGUGAAGAGGGUUGUCGGAGGGAGAAUAGUGUCGGUUCGGUUCUUGCCAUUUUGGGACAGGACGGUGAUCGUGGCGGGAGAUAAGCUAGGCAAUCUAGGGUUUUGGGAUGUGGACAUGGAGGAAGGGGAUAGUGAUGGGGUGUAUGUUUACGUUCCCCAUUCUGACUCUGUUUCCGGAAUUUCAGUGCAUCCCUUCUCCCCCGCAAAGAUUUUCACUUGCAGCUAUGAUGGACUCAUCCGGUUGAUGGAUGUUCAAGAUGGGACCUUUAAUAUGAUCCACUCCAGUGACUAUCUUAUUUACUCCAUCUGCCAGUCGCCUAUCAAUACUAGUACAAUUUAUUUUGCGGAAGGUGCAGGAGACUUGAAACUUCGGGAUGAGAGGACAGGAAGAGCUUCAAACACUUGGGGUUUGCAUGAAAAGAGAAUUAAUACAAUUGAUUUCAAUCCUGAGAACCCCAACAUGAUGGCUACUAGUUCAACAGAUGGGAUGGUUCGCAUAUGGGACUUGCGAGUAUUGAAGAAUCACCAACCAGAUAGUUUAAAGACAGUACAACAUCGACGUGCUGUUUAUUCUGCAUAUUUUUCACCUGGUGGACUCAGACUCGCUACAACAAGUUGUGAUGACACGGUUGGAAUUGCUAGUGGUGUCAACUUUGAUGAUCAAUUAUUGGUGAAACAUGACAAUCAGACUGGCAGAUGGAUAUCCACAUUCAGAGCCAUUUGGGGAUGGGAUGACUCUCAUAUCUUCUUGGGAAACAUGAAAAGAGCUGUCGAUAUAAUUUCAGCCGAUUCAAGAACUACUACAACAUCCCUGUUCAGCGAGUACAUGACUUCAAUAGGUUGCCGGCUUGCUGCACACCCACAGAUACAAGGAAAACUGGCUUCAGCUACGGCUGGUGGCAAGGUGUUUUACUGGACAAGAUUAUGAGCUUUGAUGGUUAGGAGUAUUUUAGGCCUUUGCUUGGCCUUGAACUCUUUAGUCAGACUUAAGUAAAAGCUACUAAAAACAGUGACAAGAGUGAUAAUUCAGGUGUUCAGAUUUCACUCGUUUAAUUUUGGAGUAAAGCGUCUUCCUCUUGACUACUUAGUGCUUAUUGAUUGAGAGUACACUAAACUGCAAGUUUAGUAUGAUAAGUCAAAAGUGUAGUGUCUCAGAGAGUUAGUAGGUGUGUAGCAAAUGAAGUACAAAAUUUAUUAAGCAU